UGACUAUUGAACCACACAGCACUUUGUCUCUAGAAAAUAAAUUUCCAAACAGAGAAGGGGCAACACAAAAAUGAAGAAGGGUCUCUCCUUUGUGCUGCUGCUGAUCCUUGUGAUCAUCCACUACAAGGUAGUCAACGCCAACAACAACAACUGUGUUACAGAGGAUUGCCUCAUUGGUCAUAGUUUGGAGUCAGAGUUCUCGUUUGGCUCCCAUGUGGCAAGAAUGCUCUAUGAUGUGAGCCAAUCUGUGUCUGGCCAAACAGGGAAUAGCAACAAUGCUGCUGUUAAUUGUCCAGAAAGCAAUGGUUAUCGUAGCUGCUUGCCAUCUCAAAACGGUGGUGGCCCUAACCAAAAUUGCGGUGAUUACACCAGGACUUGCUAAGAAAUAUAUUACCAGCAGGUAUUUCAAUUCUGAUUUCAAGGUUGUCAUAUUAUUGAGAUUGUCAUAAUCUGAAGAUGCGUGUAAUAAUUGUUGCUGUCGGUUCAUACUUGUGUUGUGGAUGUAUUAUUGUGUAUCACAUGUAGUCUUGGUUAUUAAAUGUUGAUAAGAAUAGUAUUCCAUUGGAGAUGGAAAAGUUUGUGAGAAAUAUAUUACCAGCAGGUAUUUCUGGAAUUUUGUUUUCUACACAGUGAAAUUCCAGCUGUUAUUAUCAGUUAUGAGAUUGUGGCACAUAAAAUAAAAUUUGUGUAUUAUAUACCGUUUUUUCUAA